AUGCCUCCCUUACCAGGAGAACCGCUAGAGAGGCGGCGGGUGAUUUGUUACCACCAAACGAUCGUCGUGGGCGAGGACCACUAUGUCUCAAUGCUCCCGCUCCUCCACAACAACACUGGAAUCACACAUAUCAUCCUCGCAGCCAUCCAUCUGAAUGGGGACCCAGGCGACAUCACCCUCAAUGAUGACUCGCCGACCAGUCCCCGGCUCGACCUGCUGUGGGCCGAGGUACCUCUGGUACAGCGGGCAGGCGUCAAGGUGAUGGGCAUGCUCGGGGGUGCGGCACCAGGCUCCUUCCAACGCCUUGACGGUACUACAGAGCAAUUCGAACUAUUCUACGGACCUCUCCUGGCCAUGAUCCAGCGCCAUGGCUUGGACGGCCUGGAUCUCGAUGUGGAGGAGGAAAUGUCCCUGCCAGGCAUUAUCCGGCUGAUUGACCGACUCAAGGCUGAUUUGGGCGACACAUUUAUUAUCACCCUAGCACCUGUCGCCGCUGCCCUACUAGGAAUGGGCAAUCUGUCCGGGUUCGACUAUCGCGAACUCGAACAGGCUCGCGCCCCCAAGAUCAGCUGGUAUAAUGCCCAGUUUUACAAUGGCUGGGGUCCCGCGGAUGACCCGCGCAUGUAUGCAGCCAUUGUAUCCCAGGGCUGGUCCCCGCGCCGGGUUGUGUAUGGCCUUUUAACGAACCCGGGCAAUGGGUCGCAGGGUUAUGUGUCGCGGGAAAAGAUUGGGCUUGUUCUCGCCCUGCUAGUCGAGCAGUUCCCGAACUUUGGUGGCGUCAUGGGCUGGGAGUAUUACAAUUCUUUACCUGGAGAACAGCCGAACCCGUGGCAGUGGGCGGCGGAGAUGUCACUGAGCAUGGGCAUGAAGGAGGUGGUUACGGCGACUCGCCAAAUGCUGACGGCGGGGCCAAUGGUGGACAGUCUCAAUAGUCUCUUGCGCGAUAUGAUGAACCAAGGAAGAGGGUCUUGA